AUGCCAUCAAAAACGAAAAGCAGCCAAAAUAAGAGGAAGCGCAAAGAAUCAUAUGCAAUUUACAUUAACAAAGUAUUAAAACAAGUGCAUCCUGAUACUGGUACCUCUAGUAAAGCUAUGAGUAUCAUGAACAGUUUUGUUAAUGAUAUUUUUGAACGUAUUGCUGCUUAAGUAUCACGUUUAGCUCAAUAUAACAAACGUUCAACAAUCACAAAUCGGGAAAUUCAAACCACAGUUCGAAUAUUAUUACCGGGUGAAUUGGCAAAGCACGGUAGUGAAGGUACUAAAGCUGUAACAAAAUAUACAAGUUCAAAAUAA